UAGAACAUUCAGAACAUUGCACCAUAGUUUCCAAACAAAAACAAAAACGCAGUGCGAAAAAAAAACGGCAUCACAGGACAUUGUACGUUGUGUCCUUGGAGAGUCUAGUCAAUCAACUUUAGUAGAGCUGAAACUAUUUCGCAAAAAUAUAUUCUAAUCGUACGUUUCAGGACUUUCUAUCGUUGAAAAGUGAAAAUUUGCGUCCAUAAGAUGACCAAAGUGGAUAUACCGUUGAAAAAUAAGGUCGACGCGUCGGCUAAUUUUAUCCAGAACGAAAAAGACAUAGAGGUACAGGUGCGAGCACCGAAAAGGGUGUUGCACUUUAGCGAUGGGACACUGGAGGAAUUUAGCGACGAUGAGCAGGACCAGGUGGACGGGUGCGGCCAGGAUGCUUCCGUGACGGAUGUCGAUGAGUCCAAAAUGAACUGGGGCGAUUGGAUGCUGCACAAGACGUGCAAACUGGGCAGUUCGGUCCUGGCUGGUUGCGAUUACGUUGGCGAAGGACUUGCAUCGUUCCUCGGUAUCACCACACCCAAGUACAGUUUCGAAAUUGAAGAAUUCAAACGGAUGCAGGCGGAGCAAAAUGCCGAAGAUCAGGCGAUCAAAAACUUCGUGGAACAAAAUCGACCAAACGGAACCACUGCAGUUGGCGAGCCAUCGGACGAAAGUCGGCCGACUGCUGUUACUCCUGCAAUCUCAAAGACGACCACGACGCCAACCAAUGUUGUCAAGAGUGCUCCUGCAGCAGGAACGAGAAUUGCUGUGAGCAAUGAGAUUGAAAAAUAUUAAUUUAAACACUGUGCAAUGUGAAUCUAAGUUAGGACACCAAAUGAGCACACAUUUAAGUCAGUUGUAAUCAUUUAGUUAAGUAAGCGGAAUAUAAAGAUUGUAUAUUUAUUGACAACCAAAUAAGAUGGACAGUGCAAUUUGCUAAUAUGCAGAGGUAGGUUUGCAUUUCUGAUGAAAUAUUGUAUAUUAUCUUUGAUAUGAGUAUAAUAAAUAAAGUUUUAUUGACUAUACUGU